AUGUCCGAAUCCCAACCUCCUACGUUAGUUGAAGGUGCAACUACUGGCGAUGUAGAUGAUGAAAUCCCUCAAAAGGCCAAGUCGGCAGAAGAUCGUAAAGCUGCUGCUGCUCUCUCCUCUCUCGAUGCCCCUCGCGAAGAUGACUCGUCCGCGAUGAAAGAGGUAGAUCAAGAGGCUGUGAGGAAAGCUAUGGAAAGGUUGGCAGGCACUAGCGCCACGAAUGGAAAGCUUGCAAAGAAGGGAGACGAGAAAAAGGUUGUGAAGAAGAUAGUGAAGGUUGAAGCGGCCGAUGUCAAUUUAUUGGUUGAGGAACUCGAAUUGACAAAGAUCAAGGUCACGGACUUGUUGAAGGCUCAUGACGGUGAUGCCACGACAGCCUUGAGGGCAUACAUUACCCCUGUGGCAUAA